AAAGGAUACGCAAAAAAUAUACUUUUUAAGGGCCUCACAAUGAGAGAAACCAAAAAUCCGAUAAUAAUCGACCAAAACUAUGUCGAUAAGGGUCGCCUAGAUGUGGAGGAAUCAGCUGUGGCAAUUAGUAACGUGGCAUUCACAGAUAUUCAUGGAACUUCACAACUCGAUGAGAUUAUAAAGAUUAAUUGCAGUAAAGUCACAUAUUGCAAAGACAUUGUUCUUGCUAAAAUCAACAUUGCUACGGUCGAUGGAAAUAAGCCAAUUGUUGAAUGCAAAAAUGUGUAUGGAAAGACUAUCAAUGGUGACGAGGUCAAUGGUUGUUUCGAAAGAUAGUAUCC